AUGGCAGAAUUUUUGUUAUCCAAAUUAGCAGAGUCCGUUGUAUCCCAAACCGUCCAAAGAAUCACUGACCUUCUCAUCCAUGAAGCGGCCUCAUUGAGGAGUGUGAAGGAGGACGUGUUGCUAUUGAAAGAUGAUUUGAGAUCUCUUUGGGCUUUUUUGAAAGAUGCGGAUUCCAAGCAAGAACAUGACCAACGCCUCCGAGAUUUGGUAUUGCAAGUCAAAGAUGUUGCUUUUGAUGCUGACGAUGUUAUCGAAAUCUUCAUCCUCAAAGUUACCUCCUCUUAUGUCAAAGCUUUUCAUAAUAAAAAUGUCCGAAUCCAACUCAGCUUUGUCCGGAAAAGGACCAGAGGCAUCUUUAGAAGAAUGCAAAAUUAUGGGAUCGAAUCUGUUGCUGCAGAGGGAACGAGCUCGACGGCUGAGCUGCAGCGGAGCUUGAGAAGGUCAUCUCCAAAUGAUGAUGAGGAUCAUGAUGUUAUUAGCUUGGAACGUAGCACCAGGGCUUUAACAGCUGAGUUGACUAAGGAGGAAGAUCGGCUCUGUAUUGUUUCAAUAGUGGGAAUGGGUGGAUUGGGCAAGACCACUCUUGCCAAGAAAGUGUUCAAUAGCGUUAAACAACAUUUUGAUUGUUCUGCUUGGGUUUUUAUAUCUCAAAGGUAUGUCCCAAAAGAUAUUUUGAUUGAAAUCUUUAAGCAAGUAGAUUCUUCAUUUGAAAAUACUAUGAAAUUUGGCAAUAACAAAUAUCAAAAGCAACGUUAUUUACAAGAAAUGCAAGAGCAUGAGUUGAUCGGUUUGGUUAAGGCAGAGCUCAAACAAAAGCUGUAUCUUGUGGUUCUUGAUGACAUAUGGAGGAUUGAGGCCUGGGAUUCUGUAAAGCGCGCUUUCCCAAAAGGAAAGAAGGGAAGCAAGCUUCUGUUUACCACGCGCAACAGAGAAGUAGCAACAUUUGCUGAUCCAUUGAGCUCCCAAAUUGAACCUCCAUUUUUGACAUUGGAAGAAAGUUGGGAGCUUCUACAACGAAAAGCAUUUACAAGAGAUAUUGUCGGGGACGGCAGUUGUCCACUGGAAUUUAUCGAUUUGGGGAAGGAGAUGGCACAAAAAUGUGGAGGACUACCUCUUGCUGUCGUUGUUCUUGGAGGCUUGUUGAGUACAAAAAAUUCGUUGGAUGAAUGGAAGAAGGUGAUGAGAGACGUGAAUUCAUACUUGUCCAAACAAGAAUCUCGGCAACAAUACGACGGAGUGCAUGAGAUAUUAGCCUUGAGCUACCAUGAUCUGCCUUACUACUUGAAGCCCUGUUUUCUCUAUUUGGGCAACUAUCCAGAGGACUAUGGAAUACCCAAAAGAAAGUUGGUUCGGUUAUGGAUUGGAGAAGGAUUUAUAAUGACACAGACAGAAGGAAUGACUGCAAAACAGACAUUUGAAGAAGUCGCUGAAGGAUACUUGGAAGAGUUGAUCAAUAGGUGCAUGGUUCAGGUGGACAAAAGGGACCAUACAGGAAUAGGUGUCAAAACAUGUCGCAUGCAUGAUCUUAUGAGAGACAUGUGUACGUUGAAGGCCAGAAAUGAAAUCUUCGCUCAAAUUAUCCAGCAACAUGAGAGCAACAUGUCGAUUAAUGUUUCUGCAACUUCAUUUCAGCACUCGGGCAAUAGUCAUUCCCGAAGACUUGUUAUUCAUCCUGGCUGUGAUCUGUAUUGGGAUACACAUCCGACAUGCACCUAUUUUGGUAUGCAUGUUGCCAAUGCAUCUUGGGUGAACCAGGUACAUCCCAAUCUCCGUUCUCUUUUGUGUUUUGGUGGCGCUCUUUCUUUGUCAGCUUUAAGAUUAAGCAACUUUAGAAUGUUAAGAGUGUUGGAGCUUCGUGUUGUUGAUGGAUCUAAAAUUCCUGGAGCUAUUGUACCUUAUAAUAUGUCGAAGGAAGAUUGGAAUGAUGUUCGAAUAGAUGAGCUAAAAGACAUUGAGACUCUAAAGGACAUACCAUCUUCUGUCUUAUUUAGAUAUGAUGCAUUGAACAAAUUGAUUAAUAUUCGAAACAUAGGGAUAGAUUUUGAAGGUAGUAGUAAUGAUGAUGUUAGAAAGGUGUUGGCUUCCCCAAUUAUUCAAUCAGGCCGCCUACAAUCCUUGAAUAUGUACAUCUCCAGUGGCGAUGGAUUUCCAAGUCUGGAAUCAGUUUCCUCUUGUCAUGGCCUCUCUAAAUUAAAUUUGAAAGGGAAGUUAUUAGAAGGAAUGCACUCUAAUAACAAUCAUACUCUGCAAUUUCUUCCAGCAAGCCUUACCAAAUUGAUUCUAUGGAGGUCUAACAUGGAGCAGGACCCAAUGCCAGUGUUGGAGAAGCUACCAAACUUAAGGUUUCUCAGAGUUGGAAGUGAUGCAUACCGUGGUUCUACAAUGGUUUGUUCUACUGAUGGAUUUCCAAUGCUAGAGACUCUUGUACUCUUUGACUUGGUGUUUUUAAAAAAGUGGACAAUAGAGAAAGGUUCAAUGCCUAGUCUCAAGAAAUUAACAAUUGAUGAAGUUUCCAAUUUAGAGAUGAUUCCAGAAGGGUUACAAUUUGUCACUUCCCUCAAAGAACUGAAUAUUGUUGGAAUGGAUAACUCGUUCUGCGAUAAGCUCCAAGUCAAAAAUGGAAUUGAAGGGGAGGAUUACUACAAAGUGCGACACAUACCAUCUAUCUCUAUCCAAAUUUAA